GCCUUCCAUCAAAGCCCCCUCUCUUUAUACCUCCACGCCCCCGCCCACCUUAAUCCCCUCCCUUGCAGGAGUCCCCUCUCUUCCCGCAGGACUCAGGAAGGGUUUCUCAUAAACAACUUCUCUGCCAUAAGGAUGGGCCACAGACCGAUCGCUGCGUUGACAUGUUAAUAUCAAGCUUUUCUUAACCAUCAGCUAUGAAUCAUGCUUCUGACUUUGCUUCCAAAUCUGCUUGUGAGCAUCCUGGGGUUCUGGUUGCACCCAUUCGGUUAUGCUUCCACCGUUCCCCCGGCAGUAGAGAAUGAGGCGAUAAAGGAUGCGGUGUUUGAGACGCUGGGGCGGGAGCAGCGGACUGCAGCAGCGGACACCGAUAACAGCACACAGCACCCGUCCGAACAUGAGAUCAUUUACCCCUCCCGACUCAUCUACUACCUUAACGAAGAAUCGGAGAGCACCUACCACGAUUUAGACACUAGGGCAAAGAACCAAGGCACAGAUGGACAGGUGGUCCACCUAGCCCAAGCCAGCUACCAGAUCGAGGCCUUUGGUUCCAGGUUUAUACUGGACCUGUCUUUAAAUAAUGACUUGCUGUCAUCAGACUAUGUGGAGAUACACUAUGUUAAUGGGAAACCCAUUCAGGCAAAGGGAGGGGAGCAUUGCUAUUAUCACGGCCAGGUGAGGGGAAACACAAACUCACGCGUGGCACUGUCUACAUGCAACGGGCUGCACGGAAUGUUUGAUGAUGGACUCCACAUGUACGUGAUCGAGCCCCUUCACCAAACACACUCCAUGGACACGGUAGCUCGACCCCACAAUCUACGGCGGGGCCAGACACUGCUGUGGCCUACUGACAUGGAUGAACAGUCGAGCGAGGAGCAGGCGUUCGCCGACCUGGAGGACCUGUCCUGGUUGAAACGCAGGAAAAAGCGUGAGAUGCCCCGCAACACAUUCGAAGAGAUGAAGUACCUGGAGCUUAUGGUUGUCAGCGACCAGAACAUGUUCAAAAAGCAGAAGACCAAACAGCACACCAAGAACUUCGCCAAGUCUGUGGUCAACCUGGUGGAUGCCGUUUUCAAGGAGCAUCUGAACACACGUGUGGUGCUAGUUGCCGUGGAGGUCUGGACAGAUGAAGACCGUAUCCCCAUCAGCAUCAAGCCAUUGGAGAUGCUGCGUGAAUUCUCCAAGUAUCGGAAGAGCUACAUCAAGCAGCACGCUGACGCUGUUCACCUCUUCACCAACGUAACGUUCCACUACCCCAGAAGCAGUGCUGCUUUCUUUGGGGGUGUGUGCUCCAACAUUCGGGGGGUUGGGGUCAACGAGUAUGCCACCACCUGGACGAUGGCACUGUCCCUGUCCCAGAGCCUGGCGCAGAACCUGGGAAUACAGUGGGACCCAGUCAACAAACGAAAGGAGUGUGGCUGUUUGGAGGUGUGGAAUGGCUGCAUUAUGGAGGACACUGGGGUGCAGCACCCGCGCAAGUUCUCCAAGUGCAGCAUCUCCGACUACAAGGAUUUCCUGCUGAAGGGCGGAGGGUCCUGCCUCUUCAACAAGCCGACCAAGCUCUUUGAGGUCACCGAGUGUGGAAACGGGUACGUGGAGGUGGGGGAGGAGUGCGACUGCGGCGCCAGAGCGGAGUGCUACAAGGAGUGCUGCAAAAAGUGCUCCCUGUCUAACGGAGCACACUGCAGUGACGGCCCCUGCUGCAACAACACCUGCUUGCUGUACCCUCGGGGCUUCACCUGCCGCUUCGCAGUGAACGACUGCGACAUCUCUGAGACGUGUACUGGCGAUUCAGGCCAGUGCCCCCCCAAUCUGCACAAGCAAGAUGGCUACAUGUGCCAGGUGAACCAGGGUCGCUGUUACAGUGGGGAGUGCAAAACCAGGGAGACUCAGUGCAAAUACGUCUGGGGCUCCAAGUCUGGCUCGUCAGAAAAGUUCUGCUAUGAGAAGCUGAACACGGAGGGGACGGAGAAGGGGAACUGCGGGAAGGAUGGAGACAGCUGGGUGCAGUGCGGCAAGCAUGAUGUGUUUUGUGGGUACCUUCUCUGCGCCAACAUCGCUCGCGCCCCCCGUAUCGGUGUCUUGAAGGGUGACAUCACCCCCACCUCCUUCAAUCACCAGGGCAAGCUGGUGGACUGCAGUGGCGGACAUGUGCUUCUAGACGACGAGAGUGACCUUGGCUAUGUGGAGGACGGGACGCCGUGCGGGCCUUCCAUGAUGUGCCUUGACCGCAAGUGUCUGCCCAUCCAGUCAUUCAACAUGAGUGCCUGCCCUAGCGGCUCCAACGGCCUGGUGUGCUCCGCCCAUGGGGUGUGCAAUAACGAGGCGACCUGCACCUGUGACGCCACCUGGGCAGGGACUGACUGCAGCAUGCCCGACCCCCCCAAGGAGCCCCCGCCCAGCGAGGAUGAAGGACCGAAGGGUCCUAGCGCCACCAAUCUCAUAAUUGGCUCCAUCGCGGGAGCCAUCCUGGUUGCGGCCAUUGUGCUGGGGGGGACAGGAUGGGGCUUUAAGACUGUCAAGAAGCGUGGGUUUGACCCCUCCGCUGGUGGCAUCUAAAAAUGGAAGAGGAUUCCCCAAGAAGGAUCUCCAGGGUCGCUUUCACAGCCCACGGCUGGACUGCGUUACAUGCUGCUGACUUUGGCAUUAGUUUUACUUGAACAACAACAACAACAAAAAAAGAACAGUAACUGCUGAUCAUAGGUUCUUGCCUCUCGAUGCUUCCCCAAGGCUUCACCAACCUCUGUUCCUUCAGCGCCGACGGAAUUCCCCCUUCAGACCUCCCAGAAGUGUCCGGGGGCAGAUGAGGGAGGGAACGUCCACAGCGCUCCAUUGUUAGGCAUGUUUCCCGGUCUGGAACCCUGCUCACAUUGAAGGACGCUGCAUGGCUGAGGAAACUACCAGAAGCAAAAAUAGCGAACAAAAAAAUAUAUAGAAUAAAGAAAGUGUAGAGUAAAAAAAAAAAAAAAACAAUUAAAAGAAAAGAGCACCUUGAAAAGGCAGUAAAUGGCCAAGCCAAUUCCUCGCUCAACACUUUCUCCCCCACCCCUCCCCCCGGCCAUGGGCGGGGGGGUUGAAUCAGGGUGCUUCCUUCAUGCCUUCUGGCUCACCAUACCACUAAACCUAGCUAAGAUUGUAUAUAAACCGCAAAACAAGUCCAGCUCCAAACAUAUCAUCCUGAAUUGACGUCAGCCGCUGUCCUUUGUUUUAGCAUGUUGUCUAGCGGGUGUGUCUGGCUGCAUUUAAAAAAAAAAAUAAAAAAAUAAAAAACUGAAAAUAAUCGAUAGUCAACUUGGCCAAACAGUGACAGACAGACUGGCAACUGUUAAAUGUCUCCAGGGGAAUAUAAACAAAUUCUUUCAGGGUGGAGGGAGGGAUCUGAUCAGGCACAGAAGUCAGGGUCAAAGGUCAGACCGAGCAAACCACAUCAUGCCAGGUUGUCUGGGGGAGGGGGGUAAAUUUGUGGGCAGUGGUUUUGAGGGAGGGGGAUCUAUGAAUCCUGCUACUGGCAUCCCAGAAUGCCUACAACAGUGGCAGAAAGCCAAAGAAUCGGCUGAUCUAGCUAAUGUCUACCGUUGCCCUCCAUGGGUGGAAAUACGGAUGUGUGUUGGGGUGGGGGUUUCCUCCCCAGUCACAUGCCCAUCCCACUAAGAGCCCUUGUUACACACCCGCUGUCCUGGCUUGGCCUCCCCUAGCAGCUCUGGUAGCGCACUGCAUGUAAACAUAAUACUUGGCUUCCAGUCUUAUUAAGAGAGUCCCAGAUAUGCAAAGGACGAUGCUACAAGGUAGGUGCAUGAGAGCAAUUAAUCAUUUAAACUUUUAUUUACUAUGCAAAGAAAUGUAUUGCACAAAACUUAAGGGUUAAAUAUGAUCAUAAUAGUGACAAACCAUUUUUAAAUGACUAAUAAUAAGGCAAUCUUUUAUAUGCUUGGCCACAGACACAUCUUUUUAGCUUUAAAUAAAAUAUUAAUGAUGACAACGACAAUGAUGGAAUUUCUUAAGUGAAAGAACUUAACAUCUGUCCAAAAUAUAUGAGUCAUUAUUUAUGUGCCGGAAAACCAAGUGGAUUUUUUUUCUUAAUCGACAUUUCACCUGUGGUGCGUUUGGGUGACUUUCACGGGCCGCAGUUACACGUUCGGUGGCUGUAAGGACAACUGCCCGUGUUUGGUUCUGUAUCGACUGCCAUCCCACGUGUCCACAGUGCAUCACGUCUGUGUUCAGAUGGAAGGUAGCCAUGAAUAAAUGACUAAUAUUUUA